CGAUCUUAAGCCUAUUUGAAUAUUAGUUCAGAGAGUAAUAUGUUCAGUUUUUCAUCGCUUCAAAUCUGUGGUGGGAUUAAGUGAUGGAGGAACUUAUUCUUGUCUUCGCUCUGGCUCAGUUGGUAAUAGGUUCUAAUAAUUUCUGCUGGUCAGAGAACGGAGUUAAUGACUCGAUAUAUGUCAAUGGUAAAUGUUAUCAGCUGUUUAACAUUCCCCUGUCUUGGGAUGACUCACAGAAUUUUUGCAACUAUCAUUUCUACAGUGGAAGUUUGGCUGAGCCGACAAUACAAUCGGAGUUCAAUGUGUCUACUAGUUUUCUGAAGUCAGCUUCCUCGGGAGCCUGGCUCGGAGCUAAUGACAUAACAACAGAGGGUUGGUUCCGUUGGUCAACAUCGAGAUUAAAUCUAUCAAAUAUUGACAGUAGGUGGUCAGUUGGAAGGCCUAGUAUCCUCCAGCCACUAGAUCUAAAUGACUGUGUGAAACUUGAUCAACCAACUGAACAACUUUUCGAUACCAAUUGUGAGGAUCAGUUUCUCCCAAUGUGUCAAUACGGUACAGUCAACGAUCCACCCAUUGAUCCAUGUUAUCCAUUGAAAGGUGCUGUCUAUAGUAACGGAAAAUGUUUGCAAUUUGUAAAUCUCAACAAAAAUUGGACUUCUGCUCAGGCUUCCUGUUCCGCCCUUCACCCAAAAGCCAAACUUUAUGAGAUGUUUACUGAAGCGGAAAGAAUAGAAGUAACACAGUAUGUCAAUGCUUCUGGACUGUAUUCAUGUGAGUAG